UUUAAAUGCAUACUCCUCACCACACAUACACAGAUAUGGAGGCUGUGAGAGCAGUCAAGAUCAUUCUCGGUCUGGAAAUCAGUAUGACUCUGUUUUAUGUCGGUGCUGCAGGCAACUGUACCAUCUCUGUCUCUCAACCACCUGUCCUCGAAGUGGACUACACUCAAGUGGCUGUGACCGUGCCCUGCUCCUUCUCUGCAGCGGGGUGCCCUUCCAAGCAACCCAGCAACCUGUGGUUUCGCUACGGAGCUCACCAGCCAGAGACUCUCUGCUUGGAUGGGUGCACAAGUGAGACAGACAAAUUUACAGUGAGGAGGGACCUGGCACAAAACCAGGUCUCCCUCACGGUCAACAGGCUGACAUCCAACGACAGUGCCAUCUACAUCUGUGGAAUAGCUUUUCCCAGUUCACAGGACCCGAGGGCCAAGCAAGCUGGAGCCGGGACGGUGCUGGUAGUGAGAGAAAUGAAAGGUCUAGGCAAGGAACUGCAGGGCCUCCUGAUCGCUCUGCUAUCACUGCUCUCCAUCUACGUUGCUGGUGUACUCGUGAUCUUCAUCAUCCUCUCCAAAUCAAAAUCUAACACUUUAAGAAGCAAAGAAAAAGAAGAUUCCCAAAAGAAAAAGAGUGCUAGGCGUAUUUUUCAGGAAAUUGCUCAAGAACUUUAUAAUAAGAAAUAUGUGGGAACAAGCCAACAACACGAGAAAGACACUUAUGAAAACAGAAGAGUGCCUGACAACUACGAAAGACCAUAGAAAUGCUUUAAUUUUCAAUUAAGUCCUGAAAAUCCAUAAGUUACUGCAGUGUUAAUGAACAUACACCCAUCAGGACUUUAAAAACACAAUCAAAGAUAAAUGGAAAAGACGAAUGGCUACAAGAUGCCAGAGUACAAGGAAACAACAACUAACAAUAAUUACCAAAAUACUAAAAUGAAAUCAAACUGCAAAUACUUUCCAAAAUCACUAAAAUUCUAAGCAGUCUAACAUUUUCAGAAAAUUCCGUUUUUAUAACAUUCAUCUUAUAUAUUGUUUUAUUCAACAUAUGAAGUGUGUGAUGACUAUUAUCCUGAAGAUCUGAAGCCACACCACAUGCCUCAGUUUGAGUGGAAACUGUGCAAGUGACAGGCCAAUCAGACUAAGUUGGGAGGGAGGGAGAAGAAAGGGAGGAAGAAAGUGUCAAAACCUGAGCUAAAGAAAAAUCAUCUUGCAGAGUACCUGGGAGUAAAAAUGAUCUCCUUUAGUACUGUCAUGGACAAUGGUACAAUGCACUCUCCUGCCAGGUUGUACAAAUGACUCACAUCACACUGCCAACAAAAGGUGAGACUAGAAUAGAACAUAGUAAAAAGAUGGUAAUUAAAAUAUAGAAAAUCCAAGGCAGAAGGCUAAACAGAGAAAACCUCAAAACGAAUACACCACAGCCAACUUCAUAUGUCAGAAUUAUGCCCAAUAGCUGCAGGGAAGGAGUGGGCAACACCUUGUACUUCACAGUGUCUAAGCUGUAACCAAUUUAGGAGGGAAAUAUCAGACAAAGGGCUGAUUCAGGAAGAAUGUUUAUGGAACUCAUUACCAUCUCAUCAAGAAAACUUUCUAUGACUUGUUCCUUGAAAGUUACUUCAGUGCAAAAAAAAAAAAAUCUAUUUAAAGUACCCACAAGUGUACAUUCACUAAAUAUGAGUUACAACCUAUUACUUUACUUCAGUGGUUUCUUUUAAAAUGGUAUUAAAUGAGGUAUAUUCUUAUUUCUUUUUAAAGAUUUUUAGUUAUUUACUUUUAAAGAG